UAAAGUCCACGCAGCCCGCGGGGCUCAGACUCCCCGGGAUCCAGAUGGGGGCGAUGGCGCCGCGCGCGCUGCUCCUGCUGCUGGCGGCCGCCCUGGCCCCGACGAUCCAGACCCGCGGGGGCUCACACUCGAUGAGGUAUUUCCGCACCGCCGUGUCCCGGCCCGGCCUCGGGGAGCCCCGGUACGUGGAAGUCGGCUACGUGGACGACACGGAGUUCGCGCGCUUCGACAGCGACGCGGAGACGCGGAGGAUGGAGCCGCGCGCGCCGUGGGUGGAGCGGGAGGGGCCGGAGUACUGGGAGAGGGAGACGCGGAGAGCCAAGAGCAACGAGCAGAUUUACCGAGGGAACCUGAGGACCGCGCUCCGCUACUACAACCAGAGCGAGGCCGACUCUCACACCUUCCAGAGGAUGGGCGGCUGUGAAGUGGGACCCGACGGGCGCCUCCUCCGCGGGGACCUUCAGUUCGCCUAUGACGGCAAAGAUUACAUCGCCCUGAACGAGGACAUGACGUCGUGGACGGCGGCGGACACGGCGGCGCUGAUCACCAAGCGCAAGUGGGAGGAGGCUCGUGCUGCAGAGAGAGACAGGGCUUACCGGGAGGACACGUGCGUGAUGUGGCUCCGCAGACACUUGGAGAACGGGAAGGACACGCUGCUGCGCACAGGGGCAGGCCGCGGGCAUCUCCUCCUCUUCCUCGGGCUGGGCUCAGGCCUGAGGAAGGAGAACCCUCAGCUGGGUCACGCCCCUGUCUCUGAGGGAACCGGGUCCCUGGGUCUCCUGAUCCCCAUCGCGGUGACUGCACUGACUCCAGGGCUCACCUUCUCCCUGACAGUUCCAACUCUGUCUCCAGGGGAGGAGACAGGGUCCCCACAUGACAACAGGGGCCCCUUCAGCCUGCAGCCUGCUGUCAGCCAUGGCCUCUCCCAGGCCGGGUUCUCUGUCCACACCCACUGUCUGUGGAACUGACUCCUGUCCUGCUGAGUGUGUCAGCCUUGCACUUCAGGACCGGAAGUCUGCUU